GGAUGGACUCGAUUGAACUCGCCCGUCUGACCCACGAGGAGCUUGAACUGCUAGAACAGGCUUCUGUUGAACAACUUAUGAAUAAACCGAAAAUGCACAAGGAGCGUCUAAUUGUGGAACAGCGAGUCGCUAGUUUUCUGGAUCAAAUUGCUGAAAAAAGUCAAUAUUUACUGGAUUUAUACAAGGAUGAAGAUCGAUCUAGACAGAAUGAAAUUCAGGCACUUACCUGCAAUGACGACCUCUCUGAAUUCUACGAUCGUCUUAAAAAGAUCAAGGAUCACCAUCGUCGUAUUCCGAAUGAAGUUACUAUUCCACUCAGCGUAUCUUCCUUUCUUAAGGAUCCAAACGUUGAAUUAGAGGAACUUGAAACAAUGUUUCGUGGCGAUGAGGGACUUGGAAAAUACCUUGAUCUUCACAGUGUAUUCAAUCAGUUUCUCAAUUUGAAACACAUCAAAAAAGUUAAUUAUCUUUUGUACCUCUCCGAUUUUGACAACUUUCGUGCCAUUCCAUUAGCAACUAAAAUGACCAACGAGUAUUUAGAAUAUCUGGAAUCCUUUCAAAAAUACCUGGAAUCCUUUUUUCAACGAUCUAAGCCUUUGCUGGAUUAUCAAGAAUUGUGCAGGAUUGAACUAGCUAAAUUUGAUUCCAUGUGGAAAAAUGGUGAAAUUUCAGGAUGGUCUUUAGCAAAUGAAACGGAUCAAGUCAAAGAAAACUCGGCUCAAUUAUCUAGCCUACAUUGCCUGGCUUGUGACAAGAUGUUUUCAAAGCAAAGUGUGUUUGAAGGGCACAAAAAAGGCAAAAAACACAUUAAAGCUGCAGCAGAACUUGCAGCCAAAGGAAUCCAUGAAAAUGAGCAUGAUUCCCUUGCACAGGCUAAACUGCUCAAAGAAGAGAAACAUUUUGAACAGAUGAAGCCCAUUGCUCAAGGUGAAAUGGUGAUUAUUGCAUACAUCAAGCAGUUGACUACAGAGCGUGAAGACACCAAGGCACAUAUAGAACGCAAACAAGCACUCACUGACAAGGAGAGAAUGGAGGACGCGUUAGAAACGUUUGUAGACAUCAACGAGUUUGCCGAGGACGAGGAAGAAGAAAAGAUUUAUAAUCCACUUAAACUUCCAAUGGGAUGGGAUGGAAAGCCUAUUCCAUACUGGUUGUACAAACUACAUGGACUUGGAAUCGAAUACCCCUGUGAAAUUUGUGGCAAUUUCGUUUACAUGGGCCGCAAGGCAUUUGAUCGACACUUUCAGGAAUGGCGCCAUGCUCAUGGUAUGAGAUGUUUGGGUAUUCCCAACUCCAAACAGUUUCAUGAUGUGACGUCUAUAAACGAUGCGUAUGCUUUGGCAGAGAAAUUAAAGUCUAUUGUUAAACGAGCUACCAUAAGUGCAGAUGCAGCAGAAGAGUUUGAAGAUGAUGCUGGAAACGUGUAUAGCAAGAAGACGUAUGAAGAUCUCAAAAGACAAGGCUUGCUCUAAAGACUGGCUUUAUUUUAUUGAUACAUCAUUUCCAAAAUCUGACCGUAUGCUAAAUAAAAUUAUACUUGUGCACUCU